GCGGUCGCGGCGGCUGGGGCAGGGGCUGGGGCCGGCGCGGCCGCCACUGACGGGUAGUCCGGCCGGCGCCUUUAGCAGGCCGAGGAUGCAGCGCUGGAAGGCGGCGGCCCUGGCCUCGGUGCUGUGCAGCUCGGUGCUGUCCCUCUGGAUGUGUCGCGAGGGCCUGCUCCUCAGCCACCACCUUAGACCCGCGCUGGUCCCGCUGCACCGCCUGCCUCGCACCCUGGACGCCCGCAUCGCCCGCCUGGCCCAGUACCGCGCGCUGCUGCAGGGCGCCCCGGACGCGGUGGAGCUGCGCGAGCUGACACCCUGGGCCAGGCGGCCCCCAGGUCCGCGCCGUCGGGCGGGGCCCCGGCGGCGGCGCGCGCGUGCGCGGUCGGGCACGCGGCCGUGCGGGCUGCGCGAGCUCGAGGUGCGCGUGAGCGAGCUGGGCCUGGGCUACGCGUCCGACGAGACGGUGCUAUUUCGCUACUGCGCAGGCGCGUGCGAGGCGGCCGCGCGCGUCCACGACCUGGGGCUGCGGCGCCUGCGCCAGCGGAGGCGGCUGCGGCGGGAGCGGGUGCGCGCGCAGCCGUGCUGCCGCCCGACGGCCUACGAGGACGAGGUGUCCUUCCUGGACGCGCACAGCCGCUACCACACGGUGCACGAGCUGUCGGCGCGCGAGUGCGCCUGCGUGUGACCCUACCUCACGGGGACCGGCGCCACGGAGGCUGCGCUCCGACGGUUCCCGCCGUCCCACUGACUAAGCAUGCGUACAGCAUGCCGUCGAGGCCCCGGGACUCUCGCGACACUGUGUUGAGAUAAAGUGUGGGAAAUCGA